UCAUGGGUUCUUGAUUUAUUGCUGAUCCAAAUUCUUAAGAAUCUCCCUGUUUCAUGGGUUCUUGAUUUCUGCUGAUCCAAGUUCUUGCCUUUCUGUUCUCCCAUUUAGCCUUGAUAGCAUGCGUAUUAGCCUAUUUUUAUAUAAAAGUAGAUAUCUUGGUCUGGACGCUCGCCCGUUCAUCGGCCGGCGCUCUAGGUGUCGGCCUCUGCCUUCCGCCCGCGUCGCCCAUCCACCGUGAGAGAUCGCUGCGGCGAGGCGAGCCUUCGUCUACCACAGCUUCUCUAUCGAAGCGAGUACUUCUUCUGAUUGUUUUCUUCCUCGCCGUCGCUUCGCUCCGGGGGCGGGGGAGGGGUUUGCGCCGCCGGCCAUCUCUGGCGGCCGCCGGAGCUCGCAGGGAUGGAAUGGCAGAGCAAAGCUCCGAUUCCCAACCCACCGAGGCAUUCGAGUACAUGCUGCUUGAGAGGGAUCCUGACCUCUACCGAACGGUCUUCUCCGGCCCGAGCCAGAUAAGCCCAUGGAUUGACCCAAGCGUGCUGAACCUGAAGCACCGGAUAGGGAGAGGCCCGUUUGGGGAUGUCUGGAUAGCAACUCACCAUCAGAGAACGGAGGAUUACGACCGGUACCACGAGGUCGCAGUGAAGAUGCUGCAUCCAAUCAAAGAUGACCAGCUGCAGCUCUUCUCGGCAAGGUUCGAUGAGAUCUUCAGCAAAUGCCAGGGCCUCGGCAAUGUCUGUUUCCUGCAUGGUAUCUCAACACAGAAUGGAAGGAUUUGUAUAGCAAUGAAGUUUUAUGAAGGAUCCAUUGGAGACAAGAUGGCUAGGCUUAAAGGUGGAAGGCUCCCUUUGUCAGAUGUUUUAAGAUAUGGAGCUGAUUUGGCACGUGGAGUACUAGAUCUACACACCAGAGGAAUAUUGAUCCUAAAUCUGAAACCUUGCAAUUUUCUCAUAGAAGAACAUGAUCGUGUUGUGCUGGGUGAUUUUGGGAUCCCAUCCCUGCUGUUUGGACUUUCACUACCUAAUCCAGACCUUAUCCAAAGGCUUGGAACUCCAAAUUACAUGGCUCCAGAACAAUGGGGACCAAACAUCAGAGGUCCGAUUAGUUACGAGACUGACUCAUGGGGUUUUGCCUGCAGCAUCCUUGAGAUGUUGAGUGGUAUUCAGCCAUGGCGUGGAAAAUCACCAGAUGAGAUCUAUCAGUUGGUUGUCCUGAAGAAAGAAAAACCAAUAUUCCCAUACAGUUUACCUCCAGACAUUGAAAACGUCCUUUCUGGGUGCUUUGAGUAUGACUUCAGAGACCGUCCCUUAAUGAAAGAUAUAUUGCAUGCAUUUGAGAGUGCUAAAGAUGCAGAUCAUGACAACAUUGUCUGGGACAAUUCUGAAAAUUUAAGGGUGGACAGGCCAACCCUGGCAAGUCGCACCAACUGGUUGCUCUAUAAGGACAAGCUGCAAGUGGGUGACAAGGUCCGCUCAAGAAAGCUUCAAAAUUCUUGUAGUCCUGAAACUAGGGAAAUCCCUGAUGGAACAAUAGUUGGCAUGGAGGAAGAUGGAGAUUGUGACGGUUACAUUCUUGUCCGAGUCCAUGGGCUACACAAUCCUUUAAAGGUUCGAUCCUCAAUGGUUGAGAGGGUAACCUAUGGUUUUGCUGCUGGAGACUGGGUACGCCUGAGGGAGGAGGACAAAAGGCGUUCACAGGUUGGCAUUCUUCAUAGCAUUGACCGUGAUGGUGUAGUGACUGUUGGUUUGAUAGGAAUGGACACCCUUUGGAAGGGUAAUUAUUCAGAUCUCCAAAUGGCUGAAGCCUACUGUGUUGGGCAGUUUGUGAGACUGAAAGUCAGCAUUUCAAGCCCACGGUUUGAAUGGCAGCGAAAAAGGGGUGGAGGGUUAGCUACAGGCCGAAUUUCACAGAUACUACCGAAUGGGUGUCUUGUCGUGAAAUUUCCUGGCAAAUUUAGCCUUGGUGAAGUAUGCAGUUGCCUGGCAGAUCCUUCUGAGGUGGAGGUGGUGAGCUUUGACAAGUGCAACGGGAUUGUGAAGAAGUAUGAGCAUCUCGAAGACUUCCAUUGGGCAAUGAGGCCCCUGUUCAUUGCUAUAGGUUUCUUCACCGCUCUCAAGCUGGGUGCCUUUGUUGGGAAGAGCAUUGUGAGGCCAAGGAGUCGAAAGGUUGCCAGCAUCUCUGAUCAGAGCGGUGAUCACCAGCAACUGCAGCAAGAAGUCCAAAACAGUGUCAAUGUGGCAUGGCUUCCUCCACCAGUGGCAAACAUGUUUUUUGGCGAUGGUGUCACGCCUUCUGGAUAAGAAAUCAUAAGAUCAAUUUAAAGAUGGAGAUUUUCUGGAAUUAGCUUCUGGAAUUCUGGAUUAUGGACUGCUUCAACCAAACGUAGUUGUGCAUAUUUAGGCGUGAAACUUUUCAUCGUACUAAAACUUCCGUGAAUCUCUCUCUGCAACUCUGCACGUCUGCUUCUGUACAUUUAUUCUAGAAUCAUCUCCAGAUGUUCUUAAAAUAUACAAUUAUAUGAAGUUAUUUCCUGUA